UCAAGCAUCGCGUUUCGUAACAGGGCCAGGUCAGCAGUCCGAGACUGGCCGCCCCAAAUCUGUAAUUUCCAAUUGCAAUCUUUUUACAGUUCGAGCCUUGAAAUGUGUCUUUAUCUGUCUUGAUAUGUGUGUUUUAUGAUGUGUAGGGAAAUCCUGGUGAAAAUUCUGGCGAAAAUUAUGUAAAACUCAGUGAACGUGAUUUUAUGGUUUUCCUUUUUCGAACUAACUGAUUUCAAUAUGAUCGAUGAACAGCAUCCUAUGCAGAUUGGAAUGUUUCCGAUGGACAUAAAAUGUCAACAGCAACAGCAGCAGCAGCAGCAGCAACAACAACAACAACAGCAGCAGCAGCAACUGCCACAAACUGGGGGCCUCAAUCAACUGCUGUUGAACGGAAAUGAACGCAUGUUAACAACACCAACGACAGCGGCAACAUCGGUAGCGGCUACCGGAAGGAGUACGGCGGCAACAUCGAGUGCCAAAGCCGGAGUAGCCCACAAUGACAAAAUGGCGUCAGUCAGCAGAAAUGUCAACGGAAGUUGCAGCAACCACAACAACAGCAGCAACAUCAGCACCAACAUCGCCAUAAACAAGCAACAGCCGAUGGGCAUGGGCCAAAUGCCAGGACCAGGAACAGGACCUGGACCUGGACCCGGUCCCGGACCACCCAACCAUUCCCUCUGCAAUCGCAUCACCUUGGGCGAGUGCACCCUCAAUGGAAUGGACGGCUUUGCCACACCGGCAGCCCCGCCUCCAUCGGCAUCCAACACACCGCAAGCGCCUCAGGGAAUGGUACCCAGUUCCGGAAUGAGCAUGGAAUUGAGCACGGGCAUGGGUGGUGCUCCAUUGAGCCAGUGUGCCCACUGCUGUCAGCCCAUUUGCGAUCGCUACAUAAUGCGCGUGGUGGAGAACUCCUUUCAUGAAGGCUGCCUCAAGUGCACCGCCUGCUCGUUGCACCUGGUGCACUCGUGCUACGCGAGGGAGGGCAAACUCUACUGCCGCAUCGACUAUGAGAGACUUUACAUCCGCAAUCAUUGCCUUGGCUGUGGCCUUAAAAUCGCCGCAGAUGAGCUGGUGAUGAGAUGUCACGAGAACGUCUUCCAUCUAAAGUGCUUCGCCUGUGUGGUUUGUGGGGCUCUCCUGAAGAAGGGGGAGCAGUACGUGGUGAAGCAGGGACAACUCUUCUGCCGCUUCGACUACGAGAAGGAGGUGGAGAUGUUACAGGGAUAUGAUUUCUACGGUGAUGAGCUUUUUCCACCCAAACUGGACGGAAGACGUGGACCCAAGCGGCCAAGGACUAUACUGAAUACCCAGCAAAGAAGGGCCUUCAAGGCCUCCUUUGAAAUUUCGCCCAAGCCCUGUCGAAAAGUGAGAGAGAACCUGGCCAAGGAUACGGGAUUGAGUCUAAGGAUUGUGCAGGUCUGGUUCCAAAACCAACGAGCAAAGGUCAAAAAGAUACAGAAGAAGGCCAAGCAGGAGCCGCCCAGCAAGGGAGCCAGUGACUCGCAGGAUUCGCAGGAGUCCCUGGACAGUAGUCUGGCCACUAAGAUCAAGGACGAGGCGCACAGCGACAGUGAGUCGCAGAUGGAAUCACCAUAUUCCACGACAUCGGAUGGACUGACCCGGAUGCGAUGCACCAUUAAGGACGAACAGGAGCAAGUGCCCUUCAAUUGCAUGGAGACCAAUAAAGAAAACUGCAACAAGAACAACGAGCCCAUACUGAAUACCAUUCUGGGUCUGAGUUAUGCCACAUUUCAGCAGCUAAUGGGUCCCUUUGCUCAAACACCCAUGAUCAAUCCAAUCGACCGGCUAUAUAGCAUGCAGAGCUCCUACUUUCGGCCGGAGGAGCUGCAAGCCUAUGGGGAAUGCGGCGUCAAGGAUGCCAUGGAUCACUAGUCUGGCCUUGUUAGGCCAUCGAAUUUUAAGCCCAAAUCAAAAUUAGACCUUGUAAAAUAAAAGAAUGUUAAUGUGCUAGCAGUCGAACUUAAACACA